CUAUUGCUUGAAAAUGUCUAUCAAGCAUUCGCUUCUAUGAAAUUUGAAGUCAAAUCCACAUUGGAAUUUGUCUGCCGGGGCUAUUAUGUACACAAAGGGUCAUGGGGUCAUCUUUCCAUGGCUAUCCCAAAACAAAGAAUUAUAAGAAAGCUGUGAUCUCUCUCGGCCAACUAGGAUUAAAAUGAUUCAUGUUUCCUUCUUUGCAAGCAUAGUAUUCUUUAAUUUGCUGGCUGUAAGUGGACUAGAGUAAUCAUUUGCUUUAUGGUAUUAUAGAAGUGUUAUUGGCUCAAAGUCAGAGGACUUGUUUCUGGUUUAAUGGCCCAAGAGGAAAAAGAGAGGCCUUGCUGUUGUGCAAACACUGGUGUGUGCCUGUGCUCUCCCACUCACCGGAAGACUGAAUAUAGCUCUAGUUCCUCAGGUUCCAAACCCCUGGAGUCGAGCGACUUGUUUUGUCGUGUGUGCCACUGUGUAGAAUCUGACCUAAGAGGAGAUGCUGCCUUACGUUUGUUGGACAUUUUCCCUCCAUUCGAAGCAAUUUCUAAAAUAAAUAAGGUUGGUGAAUUGACUGAGAAGUUUCCCAAAAGUGCUGCUGAAAAGGAUGUAAAUGAUGGUGGAGAGAAUUCUGGGUUAAUUGAGUUCAUUAGCCCUGAUGGUGAGGUUUUUGUGUGUUCUGAUCUGGAGUUCAGUUCAUAUGGUUAUCAAAACACCCUAGUUAAUCUUGGGUGCUCUUGCAAAAAUGAUCUCGCUCUUGCACACUAUGCUUGUGCAUUGAAGUGGUUUAUUAGCCAUGAAUCCACUAUUUGUGAAAUAUGCGGAACUGUUGCCAAAAAUAUAAGACCUAAAGACUUUGUAAAGAUUGUGGCUUCUCUGAAGGAGUAUGAAUCAUUAAGGGAAAAGACUGCGAGGGGUGAGCUGGCACAGAUCCCUGCAGGGACAAAUUCUGGUGUAGAUCCUGACGCUUUAGCUGCUGUUAGGAGACAGAGACUCAAUGAGGUCUCAUUUUGGUUCAAUCCCCAAAAUAAUGCAGUUGUAGUUCCACAGGAAGUUAUAGCAGAUCAGCCAUCAAAUGUCCCAACUGAAAGUACUGUUGCAGUGGAAAAUCCAACAACAACGUGGGCAGUGGAAGGUACUGGGAUUCUUGUUGCCACGGGUUUGCUAACCGUAUCACUUGCUUGGCUUAUUGCUCCUCAUGUUGGCAAGAAAACUGCAAGAAAUGGUUUCCAUAUUCUUCUUGGAGGUAUAAUUGCUUUGACAGUUGUGAUCUUCCUUAGAUUUGUGGUUCUAUCAAGGAUCAAAUAUGGUCCAGCCAGGUAUUGGCCAAUACUAAUCAUAUUCUGGUUUCUUGUUUUCGGUAUCUGGGCUUCGAGAACUCAUCGCGCUCACAAUGCAUGAAACGAAUAUUGCUUUUAUUUUUCUUUCUUAUUUUUUUUUUAAAUUUCAUUUCUAUUUAUUUAUUUAUUUAUUACACUAUGGUGAUGUAGUCAUGUUAUAUUACUUCUACUAAUUUUGUUGUGUGGUUAUAUUUCUGUACAGAGCUGGGAUUGUGGUGUAAUACUUCAUGUAGUUAUGCUCUGUGCAGGCCUAGUUUAGUUGCUUUAAAACUAUGUAUAAUUUCAUUUUUUAGUUCGACUUUUAUUCCAUUUGAUUUCUUCUUAAGCACAAGCAAACUUUUAUAUAACUUUAAUAAAUCUAAUCAUAUGUAUAUAUCUA